AUAGGAGAAUAACAAUAAUACGAACUUACAACGCAUCACGACCAAGACAGAUCGCACUCUCUGCGCAGAACAAUAACGAUAAAUGAAAGAUGAUAGCCAGUGGACAGUGAGAUCCGACUCAUUUCUUUCUUGGAACUCCAGAAAGGAUGGUGUCUAAUAUUCUGAGAAACUGUACACUCUAUUCCAUUUAUGAUCAGAACACUACUGCUCCCCUCCACAGAGGUAGCUGCAUUUUCCUCCCGCUGAAAGCUGUCACAUGACGAAAGAGCGCGCCCACGCUCGUGCUUGGCCUGAGUGUCUGAGUGGUUUCUCCAACUGUUCACCUUAAAUGCGCAACAACUAAACCUUCGAGUCUGGCGCCAAGGUUCGUGUUGAAGAUGAUGCUAUACUUGCUGGUCGUUGCCGCCAUCUUUGAUGGGACAAGAGGUCAGUCGUCCACGACGACAAAUACCAGCUUGCUGCCCACCGGCUGGGACGAAAUAUGUCAGUCGACAUCACUUGUUGCCAAUGACUCCAACGCUUCAUUCUCAUGUCACGUGACUAGAGAGGCACAAGUCCAAUGGCGGCUCGCGGAUCUACGGGCGUCGCUGGCCACGAAGGAUGUGAAGGUGUCUUUUAAUGUGACAUGUGAACAAGGCGCCAACAUCAGUCUUCCAUGGCCGAUGAAGGCACCCGGUCUGGUGGAGUUGAGGGUACGGGACUGCAUACUGUUGGACCAAUUCGCUGAUUUCCAAACGCCGGCAGAGAAACUGAGCGAUUCUCUGCGCGUGCUGGACAUGCAACAUUGUACAUGGCUGACUGAUGUACAAACUUUCCUGAUGUUUUACUCAAAAAUGGAGAACAUGUCCGAGGAGUUUGACUGUGGCCAAGACAGUUCUCUGGUUGAAUACAUCAUGAAAAACAUCAGUAGACAUUUGAGAGGUCUUUCUAAGUCACUGUCAGGCCUAGGGCAGAACAGUGGUCCUUCAAAGGGUGCUGAUACUGGUACGAUCUUCAAGAAAUUAUUGGAGAAAACUGAUAAGAUCGACAUAAGAUGCUAUUUCAGUAAACUGCAAGUACUCGAUGAAAGUAAUACUGACAAUUUCCCUAAACACCAUUUUGAGAUGAUGGUGCCGAAGAAUAAAUAUCCGAGUCUUCGCAUCAUGAACUAUCGUAACAUUGGGUUACUUAGUGUUCCUGAGCAACUCAAGCAGUGGACGAGGUUCUUUCCCAAGCUGGAAGUGAUCGAUCUGUCGUAUAAUCGAAUCAAAGAUCUCAACAUGGAAUACCCAUUCCCUAGCAACGUGAGCAUGACUCUAGUUCUGCAUUACAACAACAUUACUAAAAUCUCUAUGGAUAUCCUCAAAAACUGGGCUCAAAUCCCAGGCCUUUAUGUCGAUAUUCGCCAUAACCCCAUCAACUGCACCUGCGAACUUGGCAAUCUAUUGGACCAGCUGAACAAUACAACAGCAUGGACCGGACUGGCCAUGACCUAUUAUCGUUCCUAUGUCCCUGACCUCACAUGCUUCACACCAGAGGCGCUGAAGGGUCGAAGGCUUGGUUCUCUGUCUCUAGAUGACCUCCCUUGUCAUGUAUUACCCUAUGACCUUCGACCUGCUUUGGCUGCUCUCGCGGUGGUUGUCCUUGUGCUGUUGGUGUUCCUGCUGCUUGCUGUGCGCUACCGUCGCGAGGUUCGCAUCCUCGUCUUCACGCGCGCCCACGUGUUGCUGCCGUGCGGCCUUCCACUGGCGAACGUGGACGUCGGUCUGGCAGGUAGGAAAACCUACGACGCCUUCGUGGCCUACGCACACGAGGACAGCGAGUGGGUGCUGAAGGAGCUGUGUCACAGGCUGGAAAACUCCUCCACGCCCUCCAGACCAGCGUGCAAACUGUGCAUCCACCAGCGGGACUUCGUCGUGGGCAAAACCAUCAUCGACAACAUCAUCGACAGCAUCGCCUCUAGCAGGCACACCAUUGUUGUCGUGUCGCCCAGUUUCGUCAAAAGUGCUUGGGCCAUGGAAGAACUGCAGCAGGCCUUCCGUCAGAGUCUGGAGGAACGGAGGCGCCAUCUGGUGAUAGUGAUGCUGAAAGAUGUCCAGAUGUCGAAAAUGCCCCUCGUACUGAGAAGAUGCUGCAAAACCUUUACUUAUCUCGAAGCUAAUGAUUCACUCUUCUGGGACAGACUUCUGUACUCGCUUCACGUGACGGAGAAAAAGAAGAGCAUCAAACUGCAUGAAGACGGAGAGAAUGGCGAGGAGAAGAAAGACGAGAUUCAGGGGGAAGGCAACCGAAAGUUAGAAGAUAACCCCAUCGACGCCGAGUUCAGACGGGCGCUAUUUUUAGAAUCAAUGCGCUCACUCUCGGUGGACAGCACGAGCACAGUUGUCUCCACUGUCAGCGACGACCGACUACUCGUGACGCCCUCUCCUGCGCCUAGAUUAAUCUCCCCUUUUCGUUUUUGAUGGGCGCUAGAGAGAACACUGGUGAAGCUGCGGACACUGCAGGAAAUAUUCUAAAAGUGACAGCUUCUCCGUUUUAAACGUUGUUUUACGUAAACGUAUUUGUAAGAUUUGAUCUGAGUUAAAAUUGGUUUUACGACUUUGAAAACAAUGAUAGGGAUGGGAGCUAAUGUUCAUAAAAUUUGAACAUCUAGUAAUGUAGGUCUUAAAAUAUAAUUAAAAAAAAAAAGACAGACAUUAAGGCAAGUUCAUUUUAUCUCGUGAAAAUAUUCCCCACUUUCCUUCAAACACUGUAAAUUUUACCUCAAAUAGCUGCCGUUAGUCCCUGUCAGUAUUGUGUUUUACCUCCCCUUUCAUUAAAGCAGCACACUCGCAUACUGCUAAAGUCAAAAUACUCAGUAGAGGUCACCAUGAUAUCAGUUUUAAGUAGCUUGGCACAGAAAUAACUGACGAAUGGGAAUUUUCAUUCCUUUGAUAUGCACAUACAUGAGUAGACGUCCAAGGAGGACCAUAAAAUCUUAGUUGUGACUGUCAUCAUGGUGAUCUUAUUCAUCUCCACACAAGGUUUAUUUACAGAUAACAAACUUUGUAUAAAACAAGGAGACAAAAGACUGCGUCUGUCAUAUUUAUCAAACGUUAUCUUCAAAUCAAACAGCACUUUUGUGAUAAUCUUACUAAACACCUUUUGUAAUGUUUUUCCACUUCACAGCCCUCCAGUCAUGUUCCAUUGUUAUGUUCAAUUUCUAAACACUUUUUUCUUAUAAAGGCACGUCCUUCCACAUACCUGAAUGUGGUCUAGACUGUUGAAAAAUUGUUUUAAUAGAUCCUAAUUUGACCUUAUAAGGAUGCACAGUAUACAUUUACAUAUAUGCAUCUCUAUUGAAAUUUAAACCUUUUGUAAGGAGACAAUUCAACAAAUUCAGGCUUGUAAAUAAUGUGUUAUGGUUUGGUAAAAGAGAAAUGUGUAUUAAUCAAACACUUGUGGCUUAGACUGAAUGGUUUGGACAAGCUUUAAUGACAGACAGGUUUUCUGACUGUAUACUAUGUUUUAUUGCACAUACUGUUCAAAAUGAAGCACUGUAAAAACUUUCCAUCAUACCUUUCUUUUGUGUGUAAAUGUUAUGUAAAACUUUCCAAGCAAUGCGAAAUCACUUCUGCUUGAUACAGUCUAAUGAGAUUGUUUACUGUUUUAAAACAAUUUUGUACAGUAAAAAUUUACACAAAUUUAUUGAACAUGCUGCUGUAUUAUUUUUGAAAAUAAAAUCACAAAUAUAAGAAAA